GAUCACCAGAGUCACUCGAAGGAGUUUCUGAGGUCGUCUUGACCACAGACGACGCGGUCGUUGGAGAAAAUUGUGCAAUUUGUAUGGAAGAGUACAAAGUAGAGGAUGAAUGUUACAAGCUUGCCUGUGGUCACUAUCUCCACAAAGAGUGUGGACGUCGAUGGUUGCAAAGAGCCCCCACAUGUCCAAUCUGUCGAGCCAAGCUAGCCUCUCAUGACGAGAGCUCCGAAAAUGGCCAUUCGGAGUCAUCGACCUUCUCUGACGGUCGAUUCACUCGACAUUAUGAAUCUAGUAGUAACGGCUUUUCU